AUGACUGAAGCCAAGAAGGCAAAACAGAAUCACCGCAUCGCCACCUGGAAAGUAGAAGACCUCAAGGUUCGUGUAUGGUUAGGCUCAACACUCGACGACGAACCAGCUUCUCAUGUGACAGACAUCUUCGGCGUCUACAAGGCCUACCAAACGCUGAUAUAUCAGUACAAGGAGAAGGGAAUGACUGCGUUGGGGUUUGUGCGCCUCUUUCAACAGGCUCUCUUCCAAUUGAAAGUUUUGACGCCGCGACACGACCUAGGCCCCAAGCAACAAGUGCCUCGGUUUCUUCAAGCUAUCGAUACUCCUGCUUUCACUGACUAUCUCAAAGAGAUCGAUUCGAAUUCCGAAAGUCCGGAAUUGAUGGACAUCGCGGCUGCUGCCUUCUUACAUUUCGUUGAGUCGGGAUGGAAAUCCUUACAUUGCUGUCUUCAGGACGAACUAUUCUGUUCUGAUAUUGGAUGCGAAGAAGCCCACUACCACUGA